UGAAACGUGGGCGACGUAGAGAAGGGAGGCCGCGGGGUCACUGGUAUAAGCCCACUGACGCCUACUAAUUAAUUAAGUCUCGACUGUUUACCACGUGACUGCUGCGAUACCAGUACUAAAGAGGAAACAAUCUCUGCUUCCAAAGGGCAAAAUAAUAACAGAAGACAGACACAUAAACUGUCAUUGCAGCUCAAGCAAAAAGCUGCUGAAUACGGACACACAGACACAGGAGGAGCUAAAUAUAAAGUAGUUAAAGAUGGCAAAAAGCUUGCGGAGUAAGUGGAAGAGGAAGAUGCGUGCAGAAAAGAGAAAGAAGAAUGCACCAAAGGAACUUAGCCGCCUAAAAAGUAUACUUAAAAUAGAUGGUGAUGUUUUAAUGGAAGAAGUAAAAGACAUAGCAACUGUGGUAGCACCUGGAAAAAUUAAAGAGAAAACAGACUCUGCUCGGAAUGAUCAAGAGGGUGAAUCAAAAAUGGAAGUGGAUGUUAAAAGAAACAAAAAGAGUCUUUUAGACGAACAUGGACAGUACCCAAUUUGGAUGCACCCGAGGCAAAGAAAAAAACUAAAGGCAAAACGGGGAAAAGGGAAGGCGAAAGUGAAGGCAGCAAAAGCAGCCAAGGGCCUGGCUUGGUAGAUUCUUAAAGGCCUGGAACAAAAUCACCUGGACAUGUUCAGGAUAUGUGCUGGGAUUGAAUGAAAAUAAUUUGUUUCCACAUUUGCCUUCAUCAGUUACUUCAACUGAAACAUGAAAUACCUGUCCUCCGUACUUCAUUUGGUUCUUCAUUAUGAAACCUUUUUUCUGGUCAGUGUUAGCUGCACCAAACUUGUGUCUGACUGUGUCAGUGAUUUAUCUGACACAGCGGUUUUCAGUAAAUGAACUGUGUAAUCAUCACAGCGUUCUUGCACUUUGGGUAAAUAUAUUUGAUAAAGAUACAACAGGCUGUUAUCAAAUUUUAGAUAGCCCUACUCUUAGGGGAAAAAAUAGCUGUCAUUAUUUUUAUAAUUUCUUACACAUAAGUGCUGUUUAUCUAAACAGAACUUGUAUUCCUACAGUUAUUUUUGCUCUGUAAGUAAAAAUAAAUUACAUUUUGUGUUAAAUCA